AUGAUUUCGUUGAACGAGUCUGUCGAUUCGAAAGCAUCGGCGAUGAGGACAGCCAUAAACGUUACAGGAAGUCGCGAGGAUCCCCUGGUCCCAGGUGACCAGCUGGGGAAUUACACGAGUCCGAUCGUGACGUUUCUGCAACAAGAAGACUCGUCUACCAGACGCGAUCCACUGUACAUUGUUCUACCGAUCACGGUGAUCUAUGUCGUGAUAUUUCUUACCGGGGUGGUAGGCAACGUGUCCACGUGCGUGGUGAUCGCGCGUAACAAGUCGAUGCACACGGCGACCAACUACUAUCUGUUCAGCUUGGCCGUGUCUGAUUUACUGCUGCUGAUAUCCGGCCUGCCGCCGGAGAUGUACUACAUCUGGUCGCAAUUCCCGUACAUGUUCGGGGAGGUGUUCUGCAUUAUUCAGAGCUUUGCUGCGGAGACGUCUGUGAACGCAACGGUGCUCACCAUUACCGCCUUCACCGUCGAGAGGUACGUCGCGAUCUGUCAUCCUUUUAUCUCUCACACCAUGUCGAAGCUGUCCCGAGCGGUGAAGUUCGUCAUAGUGAUCUGGCUGUUGGCACUGUGCCUAGCGGUGCCACAGGCUAUUCAAUUUGGCAUCAUCUACGAGUACAGCAACGGCUCGGUGGUCUUGGACACAGCUCGAUGCUCCAUGAAGCAGAUCCUCAUCGAACACGCCUUCGAGAUAUCGACGAUGCUGUUCUUCGUUUUUCCGAUGACUAUCAUCAUCGUUCUCUACAUACUGAUCGCGAUCAAGCUGAGAAGAUCGAGACUGCUCACGGCUACCGUCAAGAGGAACCACUUGCCUAGCGGACAGAACCACUGUGACACCGGAAGGAGUAGAAGCGCCUCGCAGAGGAACGUGAUUCGAAUGUUGGUUGCAGUGGUGGUGGCAUUCUUCAUCUGUUGGGCGCCGUUCCACGCCCAAAGGCUGUUGGCUGUCUACGCGCAGAGCAGCAGGGCCAAACCGGAGGACGCGUUAGCAAUAGUGUACACCAUCCUUACGUACGUGUCAGGGGUGUUUUAUUACCUCUCAACGACAGUGAAUCCGCUGCUCUACAACAUCAUGUCCAACAAAUUUAGGGAGGCUUUCAAGUCGAUGCUGCCGAAUCACUGCGGCCGGAAGUGGUCCUCCCGGAAGUCAUCAGUGCCCCGACGUCCCACCUACAGCAGCCUGUCGCGGUACCCGCGGUCCACGCUCAGGCAGACGGAUGAUCGUCAGAAUUCGCCGUCAAUAUCCGUCAGUGACGACCAACAAAAGCUGACCGGCGCCGUUCGAACGGCGAAUAAGUCGGAACUGAACGGAUUGACCGAGCUGAAGGAUCACGGGCAAAGCCGAUUGGACAAGACCGUGAGCAAGAUGAACAAUCGGGAAUACGGGAGGAACAUGUCCAGGGGGUCGAAUUCGAGUCAGUUCACCCUGAUGUCGUCCUUCAGCAAGAGCUUCAACGAGGGGAACAACAACGUCGCCGCGACCUACGUGAACGAGUGCCUGUUGAACGUCCAGAGACCCUCCAAGGCUGUCAGGCUUGGGAUACUUGCCGAGAGAUUGAGACUGGGAACCAAAGGGCUGUUCUCACCGCAACAAAAGGUCGCGACCAGUCCACCCCUGAAACCGGAAGCCGCGACAGCCCUGCCGCCCCGGUUCCACAGUCACCCGAGUAUCGAGAGCUCGAACACUAUCAGCAACUCCAGCCUGCAGGACUAUGACGAGACGGAGUUCAGUGGCACGGAAUUGGCUCGAUACAUGGGCGAAUUGAACUGCGACUUAAUCGCCUAA